AUGGAUUCAGACUCAAGAGCUGCCCCUGAGGUGUGUGCAUUUGGAGUGAUCUGUAGGAGGUUCAAGCCACAUCUUCUCAUGGUUCUUGUUCACACCUGUUAUACUAUUCUCUAUUUCACAGCAGAGGCUGCCUUUAACCAUGGGUUGAAUCCUCAUGUUAUGGUGACUUAUCGACAUUUCAUUGGUGGUUUAGUGAUGUUUCCUUUUGCCUAUGUACUUGAAAGGAAAGUAAGGCCAAAGCUGACGUUAGUCUUGUUUGCAGAGAUAUUUGUGCUUUCUCUUUUUGGGAUUGGCUUAACUCUUAACAUGUACUUUGCAAGCUUGACAUACACCUCGCCAACCUUUCUAGCGUCGAUGGUUAACACCAUUGCAUCCUUGACUUUUGUAAUGGCAAUUAUUCUCAGACUGGAACACCUUGAUAUUAGAAACCCUAGAGGAUUAGCCAAAAUCCUUGGGACCUUAUUUUCCUUGGUGGGGGUCAUGAUCAUGACAUCUUGCAAAGGACCUGUAAUAAGAAACUUGAGCAGCCCUCUAAUCCACAUCGGAAGAAAUAAUAUGCAUGAGAACUGGACGAAAGGGUCGAUUCUAACAGUAGCAAGUUGCAUAACAUGGUCUAUUUGGUACAUUAUGCAGGCAUUUACUAUGAAGAGAUAUCCUGCACCACUGUCAAUUACUACAUGGAUGAACUUUAUCGGAGGAGCACAAUCAGCUGUCAUUGCAGUAAUCAUGCAACAUAAACCAGAAGCAUGGUCAUUUUCAGUCAGCAUCCAAUUGUGGUCCACCAUUUAUGCCGGAGUGGUGUGCUCGGGUAUAAUGAUCUUCCUUUUACUAUGGUGCACUAAACAAAAAGGGCCAGUCUUUGUGACCAUGUUUAAUCCCCUUUCAACAAUAAUGGUGGCAUUUACAGCAUACUUUGUUCUUGGCGAAAAGCUGUAUACGGGCAGCAUCGUGGGAGCAGUUAUCGCUAUCAUUGGUUUAUACUUGCUGUUGUGGGGCAAAGAGAUUGAUCAACAAGUUGGGGUGAAGUCCCAAGAGCAAUCCAAUUUAACUUCCGAGGAGCAGAAGGAACCAACCCAGAUUGCGACUUCACCAUAGGGGAGGAUACUACUAUUGAAUCAGGGUGGGAACCUAAACAUAAACUUCACCAUCGGAUCAUAACAUCAAGUUUUGAAUUAAUAAGCCUAACUCUAUCGCCAUGAGUGAUUUAUCUAAAAGUUUUCUCUGAUUUUUUUCUUUCAAAAGCGUAUCUUCCUGAUUCUGAUAUAGCUUAUGUAUGAUGUCAAAAGAGGGCAGCCAUCCGCGUAACAAUAGGUCAAAUUUUGCUACAUCUUAUAGAAAUUCCAAUGGAAUUUGAAUACUAGUGCCUCGACAACCCAAUCAAUAAAUAUUGUGAUGU